GGGAGAGAGACGAACAAAACCGGAGCAAUAGAAACCAACAGUGUCAAGAUAUAUCCAUUUCCUAUCUAAGAUUUUUGGAUCGAUCUUCAUAUUUGAUUCUAGAGGUAGUUUCUACUGCUCAGGUGAUCUCCUUUUGCUCUAUUUUCAACAGCAUUCUUUAUAAAUCUGCUCAAAUUUGUUUGGAUUCAGUGAUUGUAUCAUCUUGCAUAUAAAGAUUGUGUGCUUGAAUAUAAAGAUUGUGUGCGUGGAAUGAUUCUUUUAAGCAAAAAGGAAGUGGGAAAUUCUGGGAUUUGAUAUGAAACCGUGAACCUGAAUCCAUUUAGUUUGCCUAGUGACCUGGUGCAGCCAUUUAGUUUUAUGCAGAUUUUCUGAGCUUGGCUGUGUUUUAUGAUGAUAGGGUAUCUCAAAGUACUUUUUUUUUUCGCUUUUGCCAAGAUGUGUUAGGAUUGAAAGGGUACUAGAAAUUUUGGAAUUUUAUAGAUGCUAAGAGUUCAAGUAUGGGACCCAAAUCACCCUCAAAACUGAAGGUCUCAUUCCUGGGAUUUGCUCAGUUGAGACAGGGUUUGGCCCUUUCUAUUCUUGUCUUUGUCACUGCGUUGUUGUCUCUGGGUGUCUAUUUUGCUUUUAAUCCUAUAAAAUCUCAAAAUGUAUUAGAAAGAUCAUACUUUACUGUUGUGGUGGACUGUGGAAGCACCGGAACAAGGGUAAACGUGUAUGAGUGGGAAAGAAGAGGUUUUGAUAUUCUGGACCUGCCUAUUUUGGUGCGUUCUCUUCCAGACAAUUCAACCAAAAGUCCUCUUUGGAAAAAAUCUUGCCAUUACCAUUGUGUGCAGACCGAGCCCGGUUUACAUCAAUUUGUUGGUAAUGCUACAGGAGUGAGGGCAUCUUUAGAACCAUUGAUUCUAUGGGCAGAACAGUGGGUGCCUCUUGAAAGACAUAGAGAUACUCCUAUUUUUAUAUUGGCUACUGCUGGGCUGAGAAGACUGACAAUUGAGGAUUCUACGCAGGUUUUGGAUGAUAUAGAGGAUAUUGUUAAGAAUCGCACUUUUAUGUACAAAAGGAGCUGGAUAAGGAUUUUGAGUGGGAAGGAAGAAGCAUACUAUGGUUGGCUUGCUCUGAAUUACAAAUUGGGCAAUCUUGGAAACUCCUCAAAAGCAUAUACCUCAGGACUUCUUGAUCUAGGAGGAUCAUCAUUACAGGUUGUGGUUGAAGUAAAAGAUUCAAGGGAUGAUGAAAACUUAAUAAGAUCAAAGAUUGGUUCGAUUAAUCAUCAAAUUUUAGCAUACUCAUUGCCUGCAUUUGGUCUGAAUUCAGCUUUUGAUAGGACAAUGGUCAUGCUCAGUCACGUUCAAAGAGUAAGGGAAACUGACAGUGAUAGAGUAGAAAUCAGGCACCCUUGUCUAAGUUCAGAUUUUGUGCAAAAUUUUACUUGUAAUGGUUGCUCCAUCAUAAACAUUACUGGGCAGCAAAACGCAGUCUCAGAAAUGCAUGAAAAAGAACCUAAUUCUGCAUAUUUGGUUGGAGAUCUGAAUUGGGAGCAGUGCAAGAGGCUUGUGAAUGCUGCUGCAAUGAACUACAGUGGUUCAGAUUGGUCACAGCAAACAUUUGGUGUAAACUGUGACUCAGAUUUGUCAUCUCAUUCUGGUGGCAACAUGCUUAAUCUGACUGAAAUUGCCCAUCACAGUAGACACUUUCAUGCUUUAUCUGGGUUUUUUGUAAUUCAAAACAUGCUAAAUUUGAGUCCAAGAGCCAGUCUUACUGAAAUUUGGGAGACAGGUGAGCAAUUAUGUUCAAGAUCAUGGACUGACUCAAGCAGCGUAUCUGAAAAGCAAAUAUAUGCUGGACAAUAUUGUUUCAGGCUCCCUUAUGUGGCAUCACUUCUGGAGAAUUCUCUGUGCCUAGGCAACGCAGAGAUAGUAUUUGGUCCUGGGGAUCUUUCGUGGACAUUAGGAGCUGCACUAAUUGAAGGAGAGUACCUAUGGCUAGUUACUACCAAAACUCAUGUCACCAUCGCAACUCUAGAAAGCAUUAAGAUCCUGUCAUCUCCAGUUUUCCUUUCUGUUCUAUUUCUCCUUCUGCUAUCCCUGAUUUUUUGCAGCCAGAACAAGCUGCCAAUACCUGGGAAGAAGGGUUUCCCUGCUGAAGUGCCUUUGCCGUCUUUUAUUCAUUCAAAACAAAGACCUCAUUAAUGCAAGGCAGAGUAGAUUGUUGCAAGUCUAGUCUCGUUGGUAUU